CGUAAGCUGCGUGUGAAUAUUAAAAUAUUAAUGGUUAACGCUCUUCUACUACAAUCCUAUUUAAAAUUUAGUACCGUAUUAGAGUAUAGUAAUACUAAUAGUAAUAGUUACGUUUGUAAUUUGUUAAAUCAUUUUCAACAUCCAUGAAUGCCAUGAUUGAUGAUGCUUAAACUUAAUGAUGAAACUCAACAAUUUCAAGGUGGUCAUGGUUAAGUUUACACAUUUAAUCUUAGGUCACUUCUAGGGCUAGGGAAAUGAAUUAUGACAUGACAUAAUUUGACUCAGUCAUGUCAUGUCAAAUUAUGUCACAUGACAUAAUAAAAUCUACUUCACACCAAGUUACUGUUACUACUAUCUAUCAUUUGUCCUACCAAUUUUUAAAUAAUCUUGUCAUCUGACUGUGGCUGGUGAAUUUAUACCUAACUGACUUAACUUUCACUUUAGAUAAUUUUUAUUCAACUGUCAUCAUUGAAUAUUGAAUGAAUCAUUGCUAUUAUAAAUAUUAAUUUGUAUACUAUUAGUAUUUAAAAUAAAAGAAAAACUAAACUGUGAUUAAUAAUAAGAAAGGUUAAGUAAAUUAUUUUCAAGAAUCUUGUCACUAUUGAAGAGAACUGUUCCUAACUACAAAGGCAAAUAGUUAAUGAACCAUGCCUUAAGCCUUAAUGAAUGUUAAAAUUGAUAUGGAAUGGAGGUGCAAAAAAUGACAAGUAUUUGACAGCUUACACCUGAGACUGAGGUUUAAGUCGCGGACAUGGGGUAGAGAGAGAGAGGAGUGUCAUGAGAUAGAGGCAAUAGGAAAUGUUUCACACCCCACUCAUACAUUUACUUGACCAUCAAUAAAUUCAAAUUUCAAAUUGAAAUAACAAUGAUUUAAACUUAAGCCAGUUAAUGUAAAUGUUACUGCAAUCAAAGUUAAAAUGUUUUCAAGAGAAAAUUCAGAACAUAAAAGUAAAUCAUUAACACAGUUUGCCACAAAAAAUAGAAAAUAUGCAUGCAAUAUUGGCAAUAAAUGUAGCAUCAGCAUAGGCCUUACCAUAAUGUAGCCUACCCUUAUUCACCAUAAAUGUAGCAUAUUCUUACAAUAAAUGAAACAUACCCUUACUUGCCAUAAAUGUAGCAUACCCUACUCGACCAUCAAUAAAUUCAAUUUUAAAAAAAGAAUGCUAAACAAUAGUAAUUAAUAAGGUAUAACAAUGUAAAAUGGCAAUGUAUAUGGAUUGUGUCACAAAAGAAAAGCUUAGGCUACAGAUGCAAAAUACAAUUAAUGUCAUAAAAAUGCACAUUUAGUGACAUUAAGCUUGACUUCGACCUCAGCCGGGAAAAAUCAGUUAUUUGAAGAAAGGGUUAUUGUUUUCUAAAAAUAAGUAAACCUAUUGAAUUGAAUAUUUCCAGGUUCAUAAAAUAACAAGAUAUCCAGUUUCUUGACGUGAUUGAAAGGAAUUAAGCCAUGCCGGUACCCUCAAGUGCUUAUGGGCAUCAAGGGGCUCCCAGCUGCUUUGAUAGAGUCAAAAUUGGAUUUAUGAUGGGAUUUUGUGUUGGUAUGGCAUCUGGGGCAAUUUUUGGAGGAUUCUCAGCACUACGGUAAAUUAUUGUUAAAAAUUAAGUUAAUUUACACAAAUGACUUUCUAUCCUUCAAUAUUCAAUUAAGAAUUGAUUGUACCAAUAUUCAAAUAAUGAUCAUAUUAUUAUUCUCUUCAGCAUGACUUCCAUGAAAUUAGUAAUGCACAAUGUUAUUUUAGUUUUAAAAACCAAUGCUGCCAAAAUUUUUAAAAAUUUCCUGCAGUUAAUAAAAAUUUGACUAUGUUGUAUUUAAAUAUAUUAAACGUUGUAUUAGUUUUAAAAAAGUUCAACACAUUUGAUGAUAUGAAUUUCCUCAAAUAUUUUUUUUUUAAAAAAUGAUUUUUAAUUUUCUUUUAUAGAGUAGCCAGGAAAGUUGUUUCUUUGUUUCCCCAUAAACUUAUGCAGAGAUUGUUUUGUUAUUCUUGGUUUAGAAACCUAGUUUUUAAUGUGCUGAUGGGUUUGACCUAUUUUAACAAUUUUUUCUCAGAUAUGGACUCAGAGGUCGUGAACUAGUCUCAACUGUGGGCAAAACAAUGUUUCAAGGUGGUGGAACCUUUGGUACAUUCAUGGCCAUUGGAACUGGUAUUAGAUGUUGAUAUGUUCAAUAAGCUCUUUUCAGAGAAUAUACUUGGAAAAUAUGCAAAAUGAAACAUUUAUUAAGACUUUGAGAAGUGAAUUCUUAAUUUUGAUACCUUCUCGUUCCAAUAUUAUUUUGUUGCCAAUAGCUAAAUUUUCAUUUGCUCAUCACAAAUGAAAGGAAGAUAUGCCAAUAUGUAUUUACUGAAACCAGUGAUAGUAAUAAUAAUAAAAAAGAAGACUUUUGUGUGAGUGUAUAUUUUGUUGGUACUGUCCAACAGCAGCUUGUAUUCUAUAUUGUAUCUACUUGACUAACAUAUUAUUUGUUUAUGUGAGUAGAGAGCAUGGACUGCCAGUCUCAUGAUGUAAUGAGUGAGUUUAUUGGAAUUGGAGGAUAAAAUAAAAUUGAAAGUCUACCUGAUAUACACAUGG